AUGACGUCCAGUGCCUCGUGCCCCACACCUCCCGCCACUGACCUUCCGCUCGAUACGCAGCUGUACACGAUGAUCGAACUCGAGGCCAGUCGCUAUCGUGCCUUCUAUGCCAAACUCACGACCUCUCUUACAAACUGUUCUCCUCCUCCUCCUCUCCUCCUCUCUCGCCACGCGGCAGUCACGUUCUUUUGCAAGUCGAGUCUCUCGCACGACCACGUGCAGGAGCUCUACACGCGCAUCAAGGAGCUUCGGCUCUUGCGCGACAUGGACCACCUGAACGAGACCGAGUUCGUGCUGGGGAUGCACUUUAUUGUGUGCCUGACCAAGCGCAAGCUCGUCGAGAUCCCGCGGCCGUUCCCCGUGUACUUGUUCCCGACGUUGGACUUGACGCCCGAAGAACAACGUCCUGUAGCCUACACGUCGCUGUCGUUCUCUCGAGCGGGGAGCGCGUCCGUGUCAUGCAGUGCAUUGUCGUCAUGGACCGAUGCCAAGUCGCUGCUCGCCCUCUUGACAGCAGCGGGUCGUUCGAAACAAGAGGACAUUGAUGUGCUGUCGGCUAUGCGCCAGUCGAUUGCAACAGCGCAGCAGACGCUGCACACGAGCGUCGAUCGGGUUUCGGACCAAGUGGACAAGUUGGGCUUUCCUGUGCCCCCGUUCUUGCGGUCGCUGGACGCUCUGGACGACCUAAAGAGCUUGCUGCAGCAGCACGUGCUUGCAGCCAAAGAGGAGAUCCAGAGCAUGCAAACUGACGACGCGCAGAUGCGCAACGUGGCAGUCACGAUGGCUCACGACUCUAUUGGGGGUGAAAAGAAUGCACUUGACUUUGCAAGUGGGUUGACGCAGGAACUUGUAGCACUCCAGCAGCAGACUGCGCAGCUGAUGGCGAUGAAAGCGGAUUUGGCUGGACGCCUUGCAGCCGUGAAGGCAGGAGACCUGACUGCUGGGGGACGACUCACUGAGCAAUCGAAUGGGUCUGCCUCGAUUGAGUCCAAGAACCCGAGUUUUGCUCUGUCGAAAGGCGCGUUGACAGUGGGGGAGCUGCGCUCAGCAUUGGCAUCAACGGUGCCUGCUAAGAGCUCGGAGCUUGUAUCGGCGCACAACCGGAACGCCGUGUCUUGUGAAGACUGGGGUACUUAUGGGACUGCGGUCUUACGAGAAGCACGUCCUGCUCAGGCACAUGGAGUGAAGCUUGUCCGACCAUUGACUUCGAACGACCCGUUCGACUUUGCUUCGUCACCUGCUGCCCCGAGCGCAGCUGAUGCAGUAGAAACUAAGAAGUCGGAAUGGGACCCCUUUCAGUAA